CCUCAGCACAAGCAGCUGGCAUUGAUCGAUGGAGCUGAUAGCUGUUUGCAGGGAAGGCUGACAGCAUCUCCGAGUGAGUCACUAAGGAAAUGGAUUUUGAGACGGAGGGUUGGGACAGAAUAUCCUAAAUUGCCUCUUGUGUAACAGAAGGCUUGGGGCAGCUGGAAUGUUGUUUGGAAGACUUUGGGAUUAACAUUGGGACUGAGAGGAGAGCCCUCACUGGCCAUUCGUUGGGUGGUCACAUAUGCCAAUGGUUAUUUAGGUCCCCUGUGACCCAGCAUCAUGUCUGUUGUGUCAUGUUUCCUGAUAAUGACCAUUGUUUGGACAAUUACAGUCAAUGGAGAUGCUCUUAUGUCUUUGGAAGAAAAGUUCGAAUCCACCCAUGGAUAUUAAAUUUACUCCUGGGCGGUUAGGAGAGUACAUUGUGUCCUGGAGCGGAAACUGCAAUUGCAUGUAUACCAACGUCUAUUACAAGUUUCACAUCAGUUAUCUGGAUGAAGAGAAUGGUGAGGUCACCGGGUUCCUCGUUCAAUCACAUGAGCAGAAUGUAAAUAUGGAAAUCCAUCGGGGAUUACUUGCUGAAGUGAAACUUUACCAAGAUGAUGAAAAGGAGAUAUCUAGCAAUUGGACUAAAAGGAUUUUUCACCCAUCACGUGAUGCAUUUACCUCAAUUGACAAUCUCACGUGCGUUUUUUAUGGAAACACCUAUAUGAACUGCACUUGGAAUAUUGCUGAAAGUGCAUCCCCAAAUGCAGAAUAUGUUUUGUCCUACAGAAAUGUAAAUGCAGAUGAUGUGAAGAACUGCUCACAUUAUCAGAGUGAUGGACAGAGAAAUGUAGCAUGCUAUGGACAUAAAUAUGAAGAGGACUUGCUCAAUAAGGUGAACAUUUGCGUUAGCGAUUUGAGCAACAAGACAAAAUUACCAUUCUGCAGAAACAUUUACCCAGCCGGCUAUCAAAAACUCUACCCUCCAAUAAACAUUGUGUUAAAUAAAAGCACUGAUGAAGUAAAAUGGGAACUUCAAGAAAUGGAUGUUCCAGACUUUUGUUACACCUAUCAGAUAAAUAUCACAAACUGGAGCGACCAAGCCCAUGAGGUGCUAGAAGUGCAAAGUGCAAAAUAUGUCAUCAGUCGAGAUCGUGAGAAAAGAUAUUCAGUGAAAGUCAGAGCAACAGUGAACAUAUACUGUUACCAAAGUUCUCUCUGGAGUGAAUGGAGUAAGCCCCUCAAUAUUGAGCCAGAAAUAAAGAAUUUUCCCCUUUCAACAAUGAUAGCAGUGGUCAUGGUUAAUUUUAGCCUAAUGGUAUUGGUGCCGAUAUUCAUCUGUACAAAGUUCAACUUAUGGUCGAAAGCGUGUCAACCAAUCCCUGAUCCUAAGGAAAAGUUCAAGGGCCUCUUUGAAGAAUGUGAUGGCGAUUUUCAGAAGUGGAUUAAUAAGAGCUCGUUACUUGUGACCAACCCAGAAGAGGACAUGCCGGUGACCGUGAAAGAAGUCUAGAAGUUUACCUCUGAAAAUUAGUAUCAAGUGCAGCUUUAUUGUAGACUACACUUUGUGAUUAUAACAUUAAAUGGACAUAUGUCUCACUUCGGGUUGAGAUGUACAUUUGUAAAGGAAAGUGUAAUGUCUACUGUGAUUGAUGGCAUUUUUUUUACACACUAUUUUAUGAGCUCACUGUCGUGUUUGCUUUAUCAUUUGCUGUGCAAUUUUUUUUGACACUCAACAGAUGUUACAGGAGACAGUCGAGGGUUGAGUAACUCCUAAAGAAGCUGAGGAGAGGGAAGAAGAGAAAUAAUGCGCAAUGAAGAAAAUUGGAGGCACUGUAGAAGAGGAAGAGGAAGGGUGGACAGAAGUGUGAGGGGCAGGAGAAUGUGGGGACUUGCAUGGCAAGGAGACAGAAGAAAACUGAAGCAGCAAAGGGAAAAAAGGAGGGACAGGCAUGAUGGAGAUAACGUACACUGGAGAAUGGUCUACAGACAUGCCACAGGAAAUGCAUUGUCAAAUAUACUAAACAUAAGCAAAAGCAAUUAAAUGUGAAUUAAAUUUGAACUCUUAUUUUUGUCCAUUGUUCCAAUUUUGUAAAAAAAGUAAAUAUUCUAUUACUAUGUUUUCUGUCUAUUAGCAGUGUUAAUGUUUUUUCAAAAAAAAAGUUUCAAAGAUUAUGGAUGUUACUGAUAAGGUCUAUCCUUAAGCACUCUCAAACUGAGUGUCUUGCGAGACUUUUUCCAGAGCAUGAUUAAGAGUGAACUACAUUGCUAUUAGUAUGGGGACACACAUAUGCUGAAUUUCACAGUGUGAAGCUGGAUGAACACAGCAGGCCAAGCAGCAUCUCAGGAGCACAAGAGCUGACGUUUUGGGCCUAGACCCUUCAUCAGAGAGAAAAUGGGAACACACAUAUGCUAGACCAGGUAAGGGCAGUGCAUUUCCUUUAUAAAAAGAUACAUGUGAAUGUUUAGCAAAAAUCUAUCUGGUUUAUUUGAAUUUUAUUAUGCUCUGAGUUGAUGAUAAUACUGGAUAAUUCAUAUUCUAAAACGAAACCUAGCUUGAAAGAUUACAUCUUAUUUUUUCAGUUGGUUAGCAUGUGGUUACCCACUGAAACAUAAUGACAAGAGGCUGCAGAUGUUCUUUAACAAAUAAAUGAAACUUAAUUACACAAAAUAAAGAAAACAAACAAUAUGUUAUAGUUUAAAAAAAGCUUAAAACAACCAGCUCAACAAAAUUUCAACCUGUUUCUGAACACUGUUCAUUACAAAUAUACAAUUCCAAAGAAAUUUCACUCUGAUUCUAAUCCUUACUUAACUGACUCUUCCCAGUUAACUUUGCUUGGAGUGUGGCAGCAAUUUUAUAAGUCACUUUUGAGUUUAUCAGCAAGAACUAUUAACAAUUCUGAUGGCCCAAACGGUUUCACUUCUGCUACUUUGAAGAUUUCUAUCCAAACUCUUCUGGCUUGGAAGCUGCACAAACAAAAACACUUUGGUUAGGUUGAUUGGCUUUCUGAACUGCCCUGAUUCUCUUGUGGGGAGAAGCUGUUUCAUCCUCUGAAGUGAACUUGUGUUCUUCAGAAUUAAAAUUGUAAAACUGUCUGCUCUGAAUUUUAAAAAAAACUAAAUUAUGCUAAUCUGUAUUGUGAACUCAACAGUACAAACAAUUAAUCUUUUAACACUGCAGAUACAUAUGAGGCAGGUGACUGAAGACUUAUACCAUCAAAAUGAUUUGUUUAGGUUACUGUCCAAAUGAGUUUAAGGCAUUUAAACAAACAAAAAACAACUCAUGGGACCAACCAAAACCUAUCUACCUCUGUUUCUUAAUCCAAAUCCCCAAAGUGUAACAUAAAACAUACAUUCAUUACAAUUUUAACUUUUGCCCAUGGUCAUAGUGAGAUUUCAUUUUUUUCUGUCAAAGCAUUAGCUUUGAUUUUUGGAUUGCUAGUCCAAUGACAUUAUGACUGCAUGGACUGUCUCUGGAACCAUAGCAUCCCUUAGAGUGGAAACAGGCCACUCAGCUCAAAAAGUCCACAUCAACUCUCCAAAGAACAUCCCACCCAUUCACCUAGCCUGCACAUCCCUGGGCACUAUGGGCAAUUUAGCAUGGCCACUCCACCUAUCCUGCAUAUCUUUGGACUUUGGGAGGAAACCCAGACAAACAUAGGGAGAAUGUGCAAACACACAGUCAGUCCUCCAAGGCCAAAAUUGAACCUGGAGCCCUGGGGCAGCAGUGCUAAACAUUCUACCACCCUGCUAACUAAUAUGCAGAGCUGUACAAACAUGUUAGGAUUCAAGGUAAAGCCUGAUGCUGCAUUCAUUUAUUCAAGCUUCUUUUUCCAAUGUUGAACUAUCAUGAGGAUGAACCAGUGCUGAUUGAUCCUUUGCCUGCCCAAGGCACUGAAUGUAAUUAUGGAGGUCUGGCCAAAUCUGAGAGUUUUAUGCACCUAGAUUUAUAAUCUACUGCUGUAACUUGGUGCCUCUCCAUGGUUUACUUCUCAUUGUAAAUGUCAGCCUCCAAGUGCUGCCUUUGAAAAACACCAUGACCUAAUUAUAUAUGAAGAAAGGUCACUGGACUCAAAACAUUAACUGCUUUCUCUUCACAGAUGGUGCCAGACCAGAUGAGUUUCUCCAGCGAUUUCUGGUUUUGUUUCAGAUUUUUAGCAAUCACAGUAUUUUAUUUUGU